AUGGCCGGCAUGGGCCGUGGCAUGCCCAACAACAUGCAACAAAAGGCCAUGGCUAAUCAGAUGGCGGCACAAAUGGGCGGCCAAAUGGGUGGCCAGAUGGGCCAGAUGGGCCAGAUGGGAGGGCAAAUGGGCAGCCAAAUGCAUAGAGGUAUGCCUCAACAGAUGGCUGGACAAUUGAGUCUGAGUCAUCCGUCGGUCCAGCAGCACAUAUUUGAGAUGCUCAAUGCCCAGGGGCCCUUCAGUGGAUGGCAGGCUAGCGUUCACAUCAAAGAACGCGCAGCACAAAUCAAGCUGUUGGUGGAUUCAUUGCGUCUGGUCAGACCACCGGUCGAGCUUCCACGCGCAAUCGAAGUUGCCCUCCAGUUCGAACGCAAGAGUUUCACCCAAAGUGCCAGCAAGGAUGAUUAUGUCCGAGAAUGCAGUGAGAAGCUGGGGAGGAUCCGUGAUCAACGGGCUCAACAGAUGAACCAGGGCGCAGCUGGGAUGAUGCAAAAUAUGCCAAUGGGCAUGCAAAAUAUGCAAAUGCCCAACCAAAAUAUGGUGCAAAUGCAGCAGAUGGGCCAAAACAUGAACCCGAACAUGGCCCUACCGCCACACCUCCAACAGCAAAUGCAAGGCUCCCCUAUGUUCAAUCAAGCCCAACCGAUGAUGAACCAAGGGGCUCCCAAGAUGAACCAGGCCCAAACUCCCAUGAUGCAGGCGAAUGAGCAACAGAAGCUGGGCCAGGUAUCGGGCCUGACGUCGGAAGAUAACAAAACGAUCAAUGUCCGUGCCGCCGAACUCGCGAAGAGCACUCCUAAGGAAGAGAUGCGUAAUAUCGUUGAGAACAUGAACCCUCAAUUAAGGCAGAAUCUGACCCAGAAAGCUGUCGAUCCGAUUAUCUACUACUUUCGUAUGCUUGCUACCAAAGAGUUUCGCCGACGAAAGCAGAUGGAGGCUGGGAUGGGGGGAGGGCAAAAUGGUGGCCAGAUAAACAACAACGCCAACACGAUGGGUCAGCUUCAAAACCAAACCACUCAGAGUUCCAUGAACCAAGGCAUGAACGUCAAUGCUGGUGGCUUUGUGAGUGACAUGGGUCGAUUUCAAGGGCUGCAAGCAGAAGGGCUGCGGUCCCAAGAAGAAGGCCAGUUGGUCGUUCCCGCCAGCAACAGCCAGGGCAUGGUGCCAGAGCAGGUACGUCUGCAACAGCAGAUGUUGGCCAACCAGCGAAUGGGCCAGCAGCAGCAGCAUCAUCAGAACCCUAGCCUGAACCCGGCUUUCAUUGCGCAACAACAGCGUAUACAACAGGCACAAGCCACCAAGAUGCAGCAGGCUCAACUGCAGGCCCAAAAUCAGGCACAGGCCCAGGCUCGCGCCCAAGCUGCUGCACAGGCCCAGAUGGCAGGUCAACGAGGUCAAAUGCAAGGAAUGCCUCAGUCCAAUGCUCCUCUCUCGGCCAUCAACCGACCGGUUGGCCCCAACGUCUCCGGAUCGAGUCCCAAGUCUGCUCCUCGUGCCCCAUCCGCCACACCAGUAAUGAGCCAACAACAACCGCAUAUGGCCGGGUCGAUGCAGCCGGGGCAGCAGCAACAGAUGGGCAUGCAGGAGAUCCAGAAGCGGGAGCAGGCCCUGGCUAGCUUUCCAGGGGCUCUACAGGCUAUUCUUCGACAGAAGCCACAGAGUGAGUGGCGCGCUACGCUACAGCAGUUUCAGCAAAGCAGCAACAUGAAGAGAAGCCAGUCCCAACAAGCACCGGGUAUGCCGCCACAGUCUCAGCAGCUACAGCAGCCUCAACCUACCGCUCAGAUGCAGAAUGGUGCUUUUGUCGGUGGCGCAAAUAUUGGGCCUAUGCCCAUGCAGCAAUCACUCUCCGCUGGCGCCGUGUCUCACCAGGGUCAGGACAUGGGCGCCAUGCCGGGCUCUCAAGGGCAAAUGCAGCAAACCCAGGAGUUGAUGAGACAACGUCAAAUGCAGAUGCAACAGCAACAGCAACAGCAGCAACAACAGCAACAACAGCAGCAGCAGCAGCAGUCACAGCAACAGGCUUCUCAUGCACAGGGUCAAAGUCAGCCGCAUCGACAACAGUUGACGCCCCAGCAAAUGAAAGUCAUGGACCAACAGCCGGUGCCUCCAGCGGUAUUGAACAAUGUCAGGCAGCACACCCCAAUGCCAGACAUCAAGAACUGGGGUCAACUGAAACAAUGGUUGACAGCAAACCCGGUGCCAAACUUGCCCAUAGCUCAAGCCUUGGACAUCCAGGCAACGCAUUUUGCUCACAUCAUGAAAACCCGUGGCCAGAAUGUACAACAGCAGAACAAUGUGAUGGCGGGGCAGGUUCCAGUACAACAGGCCCAGCAGACUCACCAGAUGCCUCAAGGUCCAGGGCAGGGUGUCCCUGGCCAGGCUCCCGGUAUGGCUCCCGGAAUGGCGCCUGGGCUGUUGCCGUUUCGACCACCAAGCCAACAAGACAUCCAAAGACUUCGAUCCCACAACCCAAAGCUAGCCACUCUCCCAGAUGAACAAAUACGGGCCCUGCUCAUCAAUCGCCACCGACAGAUGCAGCAAAAGGCGAUGCAACAGCAGAACGCUCAGCAAGGCAUGGCACAGCCAAUGCAGUUUAUGCCUUCGCAAGGAAGCGUUCCUGGGCAGCAAUUUGGUAUGCAAGGACUGGUACAGCCUCAGACACCUGUUCAACCCAACAUACAGGCUGGCCAACAGCCACGGCCGCCCUCAGCUCAAGCUCCUGAGCAGGCUCGACAAUCGCAAAACAACGCGCUGCCUAUCAAAAGGCCCAGCGACGAGGAUGUGAUCCAAGUGCCGAAUCCGGCUAAGCAGGUGCAACCUCAGCUGGAUGGUGUCAAGAUUCCCGGGGGGCAGAAUCUCACCAAGGAGCAAUUCAACGCUUUAGACCCGGUCAAGAAGCAGCAGUAUAUGAAUUAUCAACGUCAGCAGGCAACGAUGCGCCGCAUUGUGGAACUGAGCAAAGAAGUUCAGGCCAGCAUGCCGAAGCCCCGGCCCAUCACGAACAUGGAUGCCGCAAGCAAGAAGCGCAUCAUAUCAAUGCUGACUUCUGACAAUGUCAAGAAUAUGCUCGGAAGGUUCGAUGCGUUCCUCAUGGCAUUCUACCGCAUCGAACCAAAUGAUGCAGCUAUCAAGCAGCUCGUGGCGCAAAAGCUGCAAAUUAUUGCCCAAUUCAAACCACAGGCGCUCCAGAAUCGGACCUUUGAGGUGGUUGACAACUUUAGCAUCUCACCAGAGACUGUAGAUGCUAUCAUCAACAAUAUUACCGCGAAGUUCCAGCAAACUGCCGCCCAGAUCCCUCACCAAAACAAAGCGCGUCCGCAACCCGCGCAGCUAACCCCCGAGAAUCUGAGCUUGCUAGAAGCGCAGGAGCAUGAACGCAAGAAAUCCAUGAAGGCCAACCAGGUUCCUCCGGCUCCAAUAGCCACGCAGCCGCCCUUUCAAAUUGGUGAGAGAGGGCACGGCACGCCGAGGUACGCGACUUCGGGACUCAAGCAAGAAGACCUCAAGCUUCCUGCCGACCCGAAACGGCGGAAGAAGAACCAGCAACAGGCUGCAACCACGGCUGGGACCCAGGGCACCGCUGCUACUCCCACCACCACUUCCCCGCAAGCGACAAAAACACCCAAGCCCGUGGAGACGUUCAAGUGUCCAGUUGCAGGCUGUGAGCACCAGCUCAAAGGCUUUUCAAGCCAGGCCGAGCUCGAUCAACAUCACAAUGUCACUCACAAACUGGACAUGGAGCCCGUCACCGAUCCCCUUGCAUUCCUGCACGAGUCUUUACGUUCUGCCUUCAACUUGGACGAGAAUCUCAAGCAAAUCAAGAAGCCGAAAUCGGACGGUCAGCCCACGGCAGGUUUCAAUGUCAAAGGCGAGAACAAUGCAUCCACUCCGAUUCCCAUGUCUAAAAUCCCGAGUCAAGGCGGACCGGGGGUCGCUGCGAAACUGGGUGAUGUCUCCAAAGGAGACGACGAUCCCUGGAAGCAUAGUAACAUUACGCUUGAGCAACUACGCAUCGCGUUUGGCGGUGACGACUGGGACGAACUUUUCCCCUCGCAAGAAAAAACGGAGGAAUUUCAGUCCAAGUACUAUCAAGCCUACCGUAAUACCAGCGAAAGAUGGAGAAAAAUCGUGGAAGGUCCUAAUGGCGCUCUGACAGACACGUCAACAGAGAAGUCCAAGAGCCCCGAGGAUGGCAGCGAUAAGGAUCUUCCUUCCGACGCUGCUGCAGGUGAAGACAAGAAACCUGUACAGACAAAGAAGACCGAGGACGACUCGUGGUUGGUCAAUCUCGAUGGCAUCGAAGGUCUUGAUCUGAGUGGUUGGGAUAAUACGUCUCCCUUCGAGAACAUCGGAGACCAGGACGUUACCAUGGGUGAAGACGGUUCACCGUUUGAGUCGGUGGAGAAGCCGAUGUGGUCGAUCAGAGAAGUGCAGCUUGAAAAUCUAGGUGUGGACGUCCAACAUCCCGAGCACUGGACAUCACAGGAGAGAGCACUGGCGGAGUUUGUGCUGGGGGAUUGA